AUGACUUCGUUUCUCAGCAUUAGUAUCAAUCUUUUUCUGGUGGGAUGGAUCUUGAGUUGCUUUAAUGGCGUAACUGCUUCAUGUGUGCCUGCAAUGUACGUGUUUGGGGACUCUUUAGGAGACGCCGGCACCAACAGUUUCAUUCCUCGCAGUACUGUGAGAGCAAACUUUCCUCCAUAUGGUGUCUCAUUUUUUCCGUAUCCAACUGGUCGCUUCACCAAUGGCCGCACAGCUUUUGAUUUCUUAGGUAUCGCUACAUCUUUCUUAGGGCUCCCUCGCUUCCCUCCUCCCUUUCUAAAACCAAAGGAAAAUUUUUCAACUGGCAUAAAUUUUGCAUCCGGAGGUAGUGGAUUACUCGAUUCAACAGGACCUCGAGAGAAACUUUACCGUGUUGGGGCAAGAAAAUUCCUUGUAUUCGACAUUUCAACUAUAGGGUGUACACCAGUUAGCAGACUUGUAUCAGGAAAUGGAGAAUGUUUGGAUGCUGCAAAUCAGUUAGCUGUGGCAUACAACACUGCUCUGAAACCUGUUAUAGAUCAGCUUAAUGAACAACUGGAUGGGCUGUCUCUCAUUCUACUUAAUUCUUUUGAUUAUGUUGUUGACAUGAUUCAACAUGGUGAAGCCUAUGGACUAUCAGAGACAAGUUCAGCAUGUUGUGGAUCAGGAGCAUUUAAUGCAGAAGAGACAAGUGGUUUUUAA